AUGCCAUGUGAUGAGCUAGUCCCGAUGCGGAUAGUCGGCAGCUCGGGGGGCUUGCGCACCCUGCACCGCGGUUCUCUCCCUCGCCGUACUGGCGUGAUCGACCUGCAGAACCAGCUUAGUCGCGUCUGUCUGGCAGCCAACUCUGGUCUGGCGCGCCCGCAAAUCCAACCCAUUUCCUCCCCCCAAUCGCCAUUCCAAUCAAAUUCGUUCGCGACUGCUUCUAUCGCUCCCAAGGCGAGCAAGACACCCAAGGCGAAGAGCUCUAAGAACGCCCACAAUGAAUCGAAGAAGAACAAGAAGCCCAUGAGUGAGAAACAGCAGGAAGCUCAGAGGCUCAAGAAACUCAGAGCUCAAAUCACAGAGCUCAAGGCGACUGCCCUGCUCGAGCCGCCUAAGAGGCUAGUCGUCAGUGCCUUUGGUCUUGCUAUGGCUGAGAAGCUGCGCGAGAUCAAAGGUCAAUACAAGAUCCAGGAAGCAUUUAUACUUGCUAUAGAGCAUGGCAAAUCCCUCAGCGGCCUUGAGAGGGAGAGAUUCCAAUCUCAAGCUGAUGCGAAUAAAGUUGCUAAUACCGCUGCCCACGAUGCAUGGAUCAGGUCACACACACCUCUUCAGAUCAAGGAGGCCAACUCCGCCCGUUCAAACCUUUCGCGUCUUAGUAACAAGAGCUACCCUUCCCUCAAAGACGACCGCCUGCCCAAGUCACCCAAGUCUGCCUACAUGUUUUACGUGAUAGACCGCCUCGGUGCCGAGAACUACCAUGGAAAGCCCGGCACAGAGACCUUCAAAUACAUUGGGGAGGAAUGGGCUCAACUACCCCAAUCGGAGAAAGAUCGCUACGAACAAUUGCACGUCGAAGAUCGCCAACGGUAUGAGAGAGAGCACCUGAAGGCGUAUGGAGUCCCAGCGCAGGCAGUCAGGAUCACUGCGGGUAAAUCGGAAGACUCCAUUUGA